AUGAAUACGAUGAGAACAUUAUUUGCGUUGGUUUUGGUAGCAGCAAUGUGUGCAACUGUUUUUGGCGUCGGAGAUGAUUUAUACGUCAAUAUGACACUACUCCAAAAUGCAACUGCACAAGGCGCAGUGUGCUUGGACGGGAGCCCACCAGCUUAUUAUCUUCACCGGGGAUUUGAUUCCGGACUUUCCAAUUGGAUUGUCUUUCUUGAAGGUGGUGGGUGGUGUGAAAGCAUCUCCGAUUGUCAAGGACGUAAAACUACAGAAAAAGGUUCUUCCAAGUAUAUGAUGAAUCAAACUAAUUUUCUUGGGAUACUUCAUAACACUACCAAACUAAACCCAGACUUUUACAAUUGGAACAAAGUUUGGAUAGGUUAUUGUGAUGGAUCAUCAUUUACUGGUGACAUCGACGAAGUUGAUCCAGAGAAGAAGCUUUAUUUUAGAGGAGCGAGAAUAUUUAAAGCUGUUAUGGAUGAAUUAUGGUCCCAAGGAAUGCAAAAUGCAAAGAAUGCAAUCUUGAGCGGAACUUCUGCGGGAGGGUUGGCUACGAUCUUGAAUUGCGACAAGUUCAAGUUCUUCUUUUCCAGUGAUGUCAAAGUUAAGUGUGUUGCAAAUGCCGGCUUCUUCAUCAAUGCCAACACAAUCUCCGGUACUCCAAAUAUUCAUAAGAAGUACCAACAAGUUGUGGAUUUACAUGGAUCGAUAAAGAACUUACCUCCAUCUUGCACAUCUACAAUGGAACCAAGUCUGUGCUUCUUCCCUCAGAAUGUUAUUUCAUUCAUUGAGACCCCACUUUUCAUAAUCAAUUCAGCAUACGACGCUUGGCAGAUCAAUAACACUUUGGUUCCUUCAAACCUCGAUCCUCAACAUAUCUGGGAGCAUUGCAAGGUUCGAAUAAGUAACUGCACAUUGAGCCAACGUACAACUAUUAAGGCUUUUGGAGUGGAGUUCUUGAAGGCAUUUGAUGGACUCACCCCUUGUAAUACUAGGGGUUAUUUUAUCACUUCUUGCCAUACUCAUGCGCAAAUUGUAACGCUGGGCUAUUGGUUCAGUACUUCUUCUCCAAGAAUACUUAAUAAGACAAUUGCAGAAGCUGUGGGUGAUUGGUACUUUGAUAGAACAGGGCUUCAUCAGUAUAUGGACUCAUACCCUUUUGCUAAAGACUGCUAG